AUGAUAAGAUCAGCCACAAAUGCACGCACUCACACUCUCCUCCGCCUCUUCCAAUCUUCCACCACCGCCAUUGAAACAACCAGUCUCCUGUCCUUCCCCUCCUCGAAACCUCCUCCUUCCCAAACCCUAACCCGAACCCAUUUUCGCCCCGUAAACCCAUAUUCCCUUUACUUCCCCAGAACCUACAUUUCCCACAUACCCAUUGCCAUCAAAUCUGCAAUUUCCCGCGCCAAAAGAGAAAAAACAGUCAAAAACCAACUCGAAAAUUGCUACCUCUUAGCAGCUAUAAAAUGCACAGGCUUCACAGUCAAAGAAUUUCAAGACUUGAGACGUUCAUUACCUGAAUCAUCAAAACUCACUGUAGCUAAAAACACUUUGGUUUAUAAGGCCAUUCGAGGUACUCCUUGGGAAGUUUUAAAACCUUGUUUGACAGGAAUGAAUGCUUGGCUUUUUGUGCACACUGAAGAAAUACCUAAAGCUUUACAGCCUUAUGGAGAUUUUCGGAAGGAAAAGAAGUUAGAGAAUGAUUUUACCGGGGUUGUUUUUGAAGGAAAGUUUUAUGGGCCUGGUGAAUAUAAGCAAUUCGAAACUAUGCCGUCCCCAGCUGAGAUUUACGCUGAGAUUUUAGGGGCUUCACUGAAUCCUGUUAUUGGAUUGGUGGGUACUAUACAGGCCAGCGAGGGAUGUUGUUAUGGUUUUGAAGACUAA